CGGUUUUUUUUUUAAAUGAUAGGUGCUAUAUUAAGGAGCAAUCAGCUUCAUUCUGCGUUUCCCGUUGCACUCACAAGCAAGUGCCCAGGUGGCAAAUUUGUCUUCGUUACAAGAAAAUAAAGACCGCGCUCACAGGAGUCCUGAGGCAGCCCAACACCGCAUCUUCCCAUAGUAAAGCUGGCGGCCCCCUGACUACAGACUACAGGCAGUACCACUUCCGCGUUUUUCUUGCGCCCUCGUCCAACAUGGCGGACGAGGCCACCCGGCGGGUGGUGUCCGAGAUCCCGGUAUUGAAGACUAACGCCGGACCUCGAGAUCGUGAGUUGUGGGUGCAGCGACUCAAAGAGGAAUAUCAGUCUCUUAUCCGGUAUGUGGAGAACAACAAGAAUGCAGACAAUGAUUGGUUCCGACUGGAGUCCAACAAGGAAGGGACUCGGUGGUUUGGGAAAUGCUGGUACAUCCAUGACCUGCUCAAAUAUGAGUUUGACAUUGAGUUUGACAUUCCUAUCACAUAUCCUACUACUGCUCCAGAAAUUGCUGUCCCUGAACUGGAUGGAAAAACCGCAAAGAUGUACAGGGGUGGCAAAAUAUGCCUAACUGAUCACUUUAAGCCUUUGUGGGCCAGGAACGUGCCCAAGUUUGGACUAGCUCAUCUUAUGGCUCUGGGGCUGGGUCCAUGGCUGGCAGUGGAAAUCCCCGAUCUGAUUCAGAAGGGCGUGAUUCAGCAUAAAGAGAAAUGCAACCAAUGAAGGAUCAAGCCACUGAGGCAGGACAGAGGGACCUUUGAUAGGCUACGUUCCUGCUUUCUGUGCAUCACUUACUCAUCCAACUGCUUCCUCCCAUACCCCUUCACCCAUCAUUGUUACUAAGUAGCUGCAUCAGGCAUUGCUGAAAAAAAGAAACAACAGCAUUGCUACUGAAUUUCUAAGGCUACACAGGAGGGGAAAGACUGGGGCUUUGGGGAACCAAAAGGCAAUUUGUAUCCCUUCCCCAGGUGGAGCAAUGUGAGAUCCAGGAAGGAUGGGAGUGCUGAAAGUGGGUGCGUAGUCUUUUUGGUUUCUGGAGAUAACUCAUCAAUAAAAGCUGCUUCCUCUGGUG